CAUCGACUUCACAACAGUCACCAAGUCUUGACACAAAGAGAACCGCACUUCCCAUACCCCUCCUAUCUCGAGGGAUACUCACCCAGAGCCCCUCCAAAGGCUCUCGCCGCCUCUCCACCCUGCUCCAAAAAAUUCACAAAAAAAACCACACCCCCUCUGGAUCAACAUCAACUCUCACAAUGACCUCCCCCGCCCCUAUCACCUCUCCUCCCCCCUCUGCGCCCCCCGCCCUCGCACCCACCCCCCUUACCACCCCCAUAAUCCAAAUCCCCCUCUCCCUCACCCCCUCCCAAAUGUCCCUUACCCGCCACCAACUCUUCUCCAUAACCCGCACCCCGCUCACCCUCCCCCUCUCUCACUUUUUGGCCCUCUGGCCCUGGAUCGACAACGUCUACGUGCGCAAAAAGACCCGCGCCGCUACUGGGCGCACUCCCGGUUACGAGCUCUGGGAAUGUCGCAACCGGCGAAAACACCCCAUUACGGCGCCGGCCACUCCGACGGCCCGACGCGGCCGCCCCGGCGCGACGUGUCUGGUGGGGUUGAAGUUGGUGUGGAAUCGGUAUAUCGAGGGGGAAGAGAGGACUGUUACUAUUGAACGAUAUACCGAGGAGACGCACACGCAUACGCUUGAUGAUAUGGAUAAGCAGAAACGCAGUAGUGCGAUUCGACAUAUCGCUGGGAGAGAGGCGAGUGCGGGGAUGCAGCCGCAUGAGGUGGCUAAUGCGAUGAAAGCCGAUAUGGAGGUCCUUACCGCGGUGGGGGGGGCGUAUAUCACACGUGCGGAUGUGAAGAAUGCGUCUACGUCGUUUGAGACUGGUGCGGCGAGGGGGAAGGCGGGCGUGGCGUUGAGUGGGGUGGAGGGGGCGGAGAGGUGGCAGGAACAGCUUUUUCCGGGGCCGGCGCCGUGGAUGGGGAUGCAGAUGGAGAUGUCGACGUCGACGUCUGAGAGGAGGGGGGAUGUGGAUAUGGAGGAAUCCGCUCCUGUAAGUGAGCCGCAAACACACGUUCCUCCCCCUCUAGCACAAGCGCCCUCGUCAACGGAAGACCCUGCACCAAUUCCCGCGUCCGCGUCCGCGGCCGCGCCUGGCUCCCUAUCGACAGCCCCUCUCACAGCCACGACAUUCCUCCUGAUCGACUCCCAAACCGCCUUCACGCACCCCACGCACUGGGGUCCCGCGCGCUCAAACCCCAGCUACGAAUCAAACAUCUCCACGCUGCUCUCGCACUUCCGCGCUCUCCGCCUCGCGCACCCAGGCGCCGGUCCAGAGAUAAUCCACGUCCGCCACGCGUCUCAGGAUCCAAAGUCGCCUUUACACCCCGACGCGGCGGGGUUCGCAUGGAUGCCCUACACGACGCCGAUAGCGGGGGAGCAUAUCGUGACGAAGACUGUGAAUAGCGCGUUUAUCGGGACGGAGUUGGAGAGGAUGUUGAGGGCGUCGGGGACGAGGAGGUUGUAUGUUGCGGGUCUGACGACGGAUCAUUGUGUUAGUACUAGUGUAAGGAUGGCGGGGAAUUUGGGGGUGGUGGAUGGGGAGGGGGAAAAGGGGGAGGUGGUGCUGGUGGGGGAUGCGACGGCGUGUUGGGAGAAGGUGGGGGGAGGGUGGAAGGCGGAGAUUGUGCACGCGGUGCAUGUGGAGAGUUUGAGGGAGUUUGCGAGGGUGGGGUGGACGGGAGAGGUGGUUAGGGAGUGUGUGGGGUGA